AUGCUCUGGGGCGUCCAGGGAGAGCAUUGCGACGAUCUGGGGCGUCCGGGGAGAGCAUCGCGAUGCUCUGGGGUGUCCGGGGAGAGCAUCGCGACGCUCUGGGACGUCCGGGGAGAGCAUCGCGAUGCUCCGGGGCAGCUGGGGAGAGCAUCGCGAUGCUCUGGGGCGUCCGGGGGGGGCAUCACGACGCUCUGGGGCGUCCGGGGAGAGCAUCGUGACGCUCUGGGGCGUCCGGGGAGAUCAUUGCGACGCUCUGGGGCGUCCGGGGAGAGCAUCGCGGCGCUCUGGGGCGUCCGGGGAGAGCAUCACGAUGCUCUGGGGCGUCCGGGGAGAGCAUCGCGACGCUCUGGGGCGUCCGGGGAGAGCAUCGCGACGCUCUGGGGCGUCCGGGGAGAGCAUCGCGACGCUCUGGGGCGUCCGAGGAGAGCAUCGCGACGCUCUGGGGCGUCCGGGGAGAGCAUCGCGAUGCUCUGGGGCGUCCAGGGAGAGCAUUGCGACGCUCUGGGGCGUCCGGGGAGAGCAUCGCGAUGCUCUGGGGUGUCCGGGGAGAGCAUCGCGACGCUCUGGGACGUCCGGGGAGAGCAUCGCGAUGCUCCGGGGCAGCUGGGGAGAGCAUCGCGACGCUCUGGGGCGUCCGGGGAGAGCAUCGCGGCGUCCAAAGAGAGCAUCGCGACGCUCUGGGUCGUCCGGGGAGAGCAUCGCGACGCUCUAGGGCGUCCGGGGAGAGCAUCGCGACGCUCUAGGGCGGCUGGGGUGAGCAUCGCGAUGCUCUUGGGCGUCCGGGGAGAGCAUCGCGACGCUCUGGGGCGUCCGGGAAGAGCAUCGCGUUUGCUCUGGGGCGUCCGGGGAGAGCAUCACGACGCUCAGGGGCGUCCGGGGAGAGCAUCGCGAUGCUCCGGGGCGUCCCGAGGAGAGCAUCGCGACACUCUGGGGCGUCCGGGGAGAGCAUCGCGACGCUCUGGGGCGUCCGGGGAGAGCAUCGCGACGCUCUGGGGCGUCCGAGGAGAGCAUCGCGACGCUCUGGGGCGUCCGGGGAGAGCAUCACGACGCUCUGGGGCGUCCGGAGAGAGCAUCGCGAUGCUCUGGGGCGGCUGGGGGAGAGCAUCGCGAUGCUCCGGGGCGUCCGGGGAGAGCAUUGCGACGCUCUGGGGCGUCCGGGGGAAAGCAUCACGACGCUCUGGGGCGUCCCGGGACAGCAUCGCGACGCUCUGGGGCGUCCGAGGAGAGCAUCGCGACGCUCUGGGUCGUCCGGGGAGAGCAUCGCGACGCUCUGGGGCGGAGGGCAGAGCAUCGCGACGCUCUGGGGGCGUUCGGGGAGAGCAUCAUGACGCUCUGGGGCGUCCGGGGAGAGCAUUGCGAUGCUCUGGGGCGUCCGGGGAGAGCAUCACGACGCUCUGGGGCGUCCGGGGAGAGCAUCGCGAUGCUCCGGGGCGGCUGGGGAGAGCAUUGGAUGCUCUGGGGCGUCCGGGAGAGCAUCGCGACGCUCUGGGGCGUCCGGGGAGAGCAUCGCGACGCUCUAGGGCGUCCGGGGAGAGCAUCGUGACGCUCUGGGGCGUCCGGGGGAGAGCAUUGCGACGCUCUAGGGGCGUCCGGGGAGAGCAUCGUGACGCUCUAGGGCGGCUGGGGAGAGCAUCGCGAUGCUCUGGGGGCGUCCAGGGAGAGCAUUGCGACGAUCUGGGGCGUCCGGGGAGAGCAUCGCGAUGCUCUGGGGUGUCCGGGGAGAGCAUCGCGACGCUCUGGGACGUCCGGGGAGAGCAUCGCGAUGCUCCGGGGCAGCUGGGGAGAGCAUCGCGAUGCUCUGGGGCGUCCGGGGGGGGCAUCACGACGCUCUGGGGCGUCCGGGGAGAGCAUCGUGACGCUCUGGGGCGUCCGGGGAGAUCAUUGCGACGCUCUCGGGCGUCCGGGGAGAGCAUCACGGCGCUCUGGGGCGUCCGGGGAGAGCAUCACGAUGCUCUGGGGCGUCCGGAGAGAGCAUCGCGACGCUCUGGGGCGUCCGGGGGAGAGCAUCGCGACGCUCUGGGGCGUCCGGGGGAGAGCAUCGCGACGCUCUGGGGCGUCCGAGGAGAGCAUCGCGACGCUCUGGGGCGUCCGGGGAGAGCAUCGCGAUGCUCUGGGGCGUCCAGGGAGAGCAUUGCGACGGCUCUGGGGGCGUCCGGGGAGAGCAUCGCGAUGCUCUGGGGUGUCCGGGGAGAGCAUCGCGACGCUCUGGGGACGGGCGUCCGGGGAGAGCAUCGCGAUGCUCCGGGGCGUCCGAGGAGAGCAUCGCGACGCUCUGGGGCGUCCGGGGAGAGCAUCGCGACGCUCUGGGGCGUCCGGGGAGAGCAUCGCGACGCUCUGGGGCGUCCGAGGGAGAGCAUCGCGACGCUCUGGGGCGUCCGGGGAGAGCAUCACGACGCUCUGGGGCGUCCGGAGGAGAGCAUCGCGAUGCUCUGGGGCGGCUGGGGAGAGCAUCGCGAUGCUCCGGGGCGUCCGGGGAGAGCAUUGCGACGCUCUGGGGCGUCCGGGGAAAGCAUCACGACGCUCUGGGGCGUCCCGGGACAGCAUCGCGACGCUCUGGGGCGUCCGGGGAGAGCAUCGCGACGCUCUGGGUCGUGCGGGGAGAGCAUCGCGACGCUCUGGGGCGGAGGGGAGAGCAUCGCGACGCUCUGGGGCGUUCGGGGAGAGCAUCAUGACGCUCUGGGGCGUCCGGGGAGAGCAUUGCGAUGCUCUGGGGCGUCCGGGGAGAGCAUCACGACGCUCUGGGGCGUCCGGGGAGAGCAUCGCGAUGCUCCGGGGCGGCUGGGGAGAGCAUUGGAUGCUCUGGGGCGUCCGGGAGAGCAUCGCGACGCUCUGGGGCGUCCGGGGAGAGCAUCGCGACGCUCUAGGGCGUCCGGGGAGAGCAUCGUGACGCUCUGGGGCGUCCGGGGAGAGCAUUGCGACGCUCUAGGGGCGUCCGGGGAGAGCAUCGCGACGCUCUAG